GGUGAAGGUCCCUCAGAUGGCAGAGUCUAUUUCGGAGGGCACGCUGAAAUCCUGGCUCAAGAAACCUGGUGAGAGCGUGCAGCAGGAUGAGGAGGUCGCGACCAUCGAAACCGACAAGAUUGACGUGUCCGUGAACGCGCCCGCGGCGGGUACGAUCACGGAGCUGUUAGCGAAAGAGGAGGACACUGUCAGCGUGGGACAGGACCUCUUCAAAUUCGAGCCCGGCGAGGUCAGCCAGACGAAGGAGGAGGCUGCGCCCCCAGAGCCCACAAAGGCUGAGGCGGAGCCCAAGGAACAGCCGGUGGAGAAGGUCGCUCCCCCUCCGCCAAAACCAGAGGCUGAGGUGCAAAAGAAGGAGACGGCGGGUGUGCAGGCUGGCGAAGCGAAGAAGGAACCUGUGAAACCUGCGCCUGCGCCUGCGCCACCGAAGGAGAAGAAGGAGGUGCCGCCGCCACCGCCUCGCGUCGCCGGCGCACGCACAGAGACGCGAGUGAAGAUGAACCGGAUGCGUCUGCGUAUUGCGGAGCGCCUGAAGGAGUCGCAGAAUACCGCAGCAUCAUUGACAACGUUCAACGAAAUCGACAUGCACAGUUUAGUGGAGAUGCGCAAGAAGUACAAGGAGGAUGUUAUGAAGACGCACGAUGUCAAGUUCGGCUUCAUGAGCGCAUUCUCACGCGCUUGCUGCCUCGUGCUCAAGGAGAUUCCUGCGGCAAACGCGUCUAUCGAGGGCGAUGAGAUUGUGUACCGUGAUUACGUCGAUCUGAGCGUUGCUGUCGCCACCCCGAAGGGUCUCGUCACGCCUGUGGUCCGGAACGCGGAGAGCAUGAGCUUCGUCGAGAUUGAGAGGGAGAUUGCUGCGCUGGGCAGAAAGGCUAGGGACGGGAAGCUUACGCUCGAGGACAUGGCAGGCGGUACCUUCACCAUCUCUAAUGGCGGUGUCUUCGGCUCGCUCUUUGGAACUCCUAUAAUCAAUGUGCCUCAGGCCGCGGUUCUUGGCAUGCACACGAUCAAGGAGCGCCCUGUGGUCGUGGAUGGACAGAUCGUCAUCCGCCCGAUCAUGGUCGUUGCGCUGACAUACGACCACCGGCUGCUCGACGGUCGGGAAGCCGUCACUUUCCUUGUGAAAAUACGCGAUUACCUGGAGGAUCCAAGGAAAAUGCUCCUGGCCUAAGGUCUAGAACACCGUUAGCUCCUCGUGCGUAUCAAUAAUACGUUCGCAUACUCGCCUAUACGGUUCUCCGGGCGCGUUCUCGGGAGGACGACGAUCAUGCAUUGCUUCGUUGUCUGCCUGGACCCUUCCUCCCGUGUUGCCUCGCUGUCCAUCCUAGUGUAAUGUUCACCCGCGCUCUCACGUACAUACAUGCAAUAUGAAGUCUUCUGAUGCCUGCGAU